GGUAAACUGGCAGGUUUGUGUGGAAAUUUUGACAAAUAUACUUCAAAUGAUCUGACUACAUCAAACAACAUGGAGGUGAGAAAUGCACAGGUGUUUGGAGACAGCUGGAUAUUAGGACAGUGCAAGAGCGCAAAUGAAACACUAAAACCCUGUGAGGUACAUCAGAGCAAGUUCCCUUAUGCCAAAAAGGAAUGCUCAAUUUUAUACAGUGAUGUUUUUGCACCUUGUCGCAAUGUGAUUGAUGUGACUUCUUUUGUCAAAAACUGCCACACAGAUACGUGCAACUGUAAUCUUGGUGGGGACUGUGAGUGCUUGUGUACCAGUAUUGCAGCUUAUGCCCACAAAUGCUGCCAGCAAGGAGCAGCAAUUCACUGGCGAUCUCCUUCGCUCUGUGCUUAUGACUGUGAAUAUUACAAUCGAGGUCUUGGUGAAGGACCUUAUAUUUUAGCAAGUUAUGGAGUGAAUGACACAAUUAUAGGAGCUAACAUAUCCAGUAAAAGGAUAUUUCCCCUGCCUAGAACUGGAGCAUAUGGAAAUGUAUUUUUCAGUUUCAUGAUAACUCCAGGUCUUUUCAAAGAUAAAGAUUUAUCUCUCUCUCUUGUUUCCCUUGAAUCUGCUGAAAGACCAAACUACUUUCUGUAUGUACAUGACAAUGAAACUGUUGGGUUGGAACAGUGGCAGGCAAGUGCCUUCUUUUGGAGACGAGCCACCUUUUUCCACCACCAGGACCUUUGGAGUCCAGGGCUCAGUGCCUUCGAACUGCACAGUAAAAAAGGCUUUUUCAUUGUUCUCACCUCAUCCGGUGUUAAAGUGGCAAAAUAUGAUGAUUCAGAAGAAUUCAAACGUUUGAGUAGCUUUAGUAUUGAAGAACUCAGUGCAUCUGUGCCGUAUAGAAGGAUGUGUGAAUGGCGAUAUGAAUCUUGUGCUAAUCCUUGUGUUAAAACAUGUAGUGAUCCUGAAGGGAUAGCAUGUAAAUUCCUUCCUCUGGUUGAAGGAUGCUUGCCAUACUGUCCCAAAAACAUGAUCCUUGAUGAGGUCACACUUAAAUGUGUUUAUCCGGAAGACUGCAUACCUGUGACGCCUACAGAAUCAGCAACUGGAACAAAACCUUCGUUGUUAAUCUCUCACAUGGGUGCUACCAUGGAGAAAUUUCCUCAGACGCCUCCUUUAUUUAUUACUUCAGGGACUAACUCAACUCAUACUGGUGCGCCAAACAAAAUAAUCAUGAAGGCAAACACAACUUUAAGGGGAAUGAAUAUGUCAGCACAGUCCAUUACAGACUUUUAUUCACUGGAAGCAUCUAACGCAGCCACCUAUUCAAUAUUUUCAAUGCCAAGAAAACAGAGUUCUUGGGUAAGUUCUUCAGAAGAAGAUGGAACGUUAUCAGCCGUAUCAGCUGGAAUCAUGACUCAAUCCACUACACCAAUGAUCACGAACACAACAGUGACUGCUACAUCCCUAAAAGCACCUAAUAUUUUUUCGAAAAUACCACCUAGCUCUUCAGCCAGUUUAUUAGCUACUUCUGGCACUACUGUAGCCUCUAGGAUUACUACAAAAGACACCGAUUCUUUUGUUGCUGAUUUGGAGUUUUAUGUGGCUUCAGAUUCAGUUCCUACUACCAUAGACACACUCAUGCUUGUGUCACACAAAUCUUUAUUUACACAUGGAGCGACUCAGGCUUCACAGAGCACUAAAGAAACUCCAAAAAUUUUAUUCAUGAAAACAUCUGGUACUACAAGUCCAUUAUCACAGACGAAGAGUACCUUAUUUACAGCUCCAGAAGUUAAAUAUGCAACUUCAUUUGAAAGAACCAUGGAUAUUUUAGAAAGUGGUCAGACUUUACAUGAGCAAAGAAAUGUUACCAAGACAAAGUCAACCACAACUGAGAAAUCUUCCCUGCCUUCUUUGACUGUAUCUGCAGUUCAGAGUUCACCGUUUUCAAGAAAUACAACUUCAGUAAAAAACCUCUCUCUUUCUGGAGUCCCGGAUGUAACAUCAUUAGCUUGGUCCAAAAUCCCAACACAUAAAACCAUUAAACCUUAUUUCAGUAUGACAGAGCCCACAGACCUGCAGACAAGAACUAGAAUAGAUUUAUCUCAUACUAGUGGUGGAAUGGCUCUGCCUUCCUCUUCAAAGCCUGUGAAAACACAAACUUACCUGGCAAGAACAGAAACAAUGACAGCUGUAGCUGACAAGGCUUCCUUUGGUACAGUGAUGCAUACACUGAUAUCUACAUCUUCUGAAUGUGUGCCGAGGUACCUUGAACCUGUGGACAAAUGCAGCCAGUAUGUAUGUGUUAAUAUGGGUUGGAUGUUAUAUAAUCUUUCAAGAAACUGCCCUAAGGAUGUGCAGAAGCCAGACUGUGGUUUUCAAGGAAUGCCAGUUCAAGUUAACACUGAUAGUUGUUGUCCAGAAUGGGAAUGUCCCUGCCAAUGUUCUGUACUGUCUGAACUGAGUGUUAUUACAUUUGAUGGAAACAACAUAGCCCUUUGUAAUAUGGCUUCCUACAUUUUAGUCAAGUUACAAGGAGAAAUUAUUGUUGCUCAUAUUGAAAAGUGUCCUGCUAAUCAGAGUGCAAAUUCAAUAAGAAAGCUAGUUUCCCCUGCAAGCACUUCAGGGCUCUGUUUUAAGAAAUUAAAUGUAACAACAUUCACAAAUAAAUUACUUAUCAAUCGUUUAGCGAGAAAAGUAGUCGUGGAUUCUGUAAUUCAAUCAUUACCGUUUUCAAAAGAAGGACUGAGUAUUCAGGAUACUGGCUCAAUGUAUGUCAUUAAUACCCCAGCUGGUAUGAGCAUCAAGUGGGCUCAUGUUACAGGCAUCAUAGAUAUACAGUAUGGAUUACACUCUAACACAUCGAUGAAGACAGAAGGACUUUGUGGGGUGUGUAAUGGAGAUCCUACUGAUGACCUGAAAAUGCAAAAUGGGACCAUAAUUACAAAUAUGGAGGAAAUUGAAGUGUUUAUUCAGAGUUGGGAAAUUGAGAAAUCACUUGAUGUAACAACCAGGAGGCCAGUAAGAAACUGUACUGAAGAUAACUGCACAUACUGCAUGGAACUGUUAAACAGAAGCACUUUUAUCCCUUGUCACAAGAAAGUGUCACCACAGGAGUUUUGUGAGAAGAUGUGGAUCAAUAGUACUUAUUUUUGGAAUUAUGAGUGUGAUGCACUUUCUGCAUAUGUGGCUUUAUGCAACAAGCACAACAUCUGCGUUAAAUGGAGGACACCCGGUUACUGUUCAUUGAUUUGUCCUGAGGGCAAGGAAUACCAGCCUUGUGUGCAACCCUGUGAAGCCAAGACAUGCUUGAAUAAAUGGUUCUAUGAAGAUUCUCCCUGUUCCUAUUUAAGGGAAGACUGUGUGUGUAAAAAUGGCACUAUUCUGCAUAGAACAGACUCUGACCUCUGUAUACCAGAAGAAAAAUGUACAUGUACAGAUAACAAAGGACAACCCCGUUCUGCUGGGGAGAUCUGGAAUGGGUCCGUGAGAGGCUGUUGCAUGUACAACUGUUUAGAAAAUGGAAGCAUUGUUGCUGUAGAACCUGAAUGCAAGGAGGAACCACCGCUAGUUUGUGAAAGAGAAGGGGAAGUUAUUGUCCAUGUCAUUGAAGAGAGAGCUUGCUGUCCGAAGAAAGUUUGUGAAUGUAACAUGUCAUUGUGUGACACCAUUAUUCCAACAUGCAAACCCAAUGAAAAAUUAGUGGUAGGCUACCACCCCCUGUCCUGCUGUCCACAGUACCGAUGUGAAUGUGAUCCUUCAGUCUGUUUCAAUGCUUCCCAGCUGAACUGCAGAGAAGAUCAAUUUAUUGUUGAAGCAAAACAGGAAGAUCCCUGUUGUUUCUCUUAUCUCUGUAUUUGUGAAUCCUGUAUUGAGCCUGUUCCCUUGUGUGAUGAAGGGGAAAUUCUCACUGUAGAUCUUAAUACCAUACAUUACUGUUGUCCUCAUUACUACUGUGUUUGUGAUGAAAAUCUUUGUUCUGAGCCUCCUAUGAAUUGCACAGGUGACAUGACACUUGUGAAGGAAAAAAUACCCGGGCAGUGUUGUCCAGAAUGGCACUGUGAAUGUAACUGUGAAAACACUACUAUGCUGACCUGUAAAUUGGGAGAAGUUAAAAAAAUAGAUAGUAGUGUUUCCAGUGCUUGUGGAUGUACUCACUACAUUUGUGAGAAGGAUGAUGUGUGCAUCUUCCAAGAGAUCACAGUGCUGAAUCCUGGACAGUCAGUGAUUCAGUACUUGGAUGGAGACCUUUGUUACACUGUACAGUGUUUACAAGAAAAAGAUCAGACCACAGGAUACAAUGCCAUGCAUUUUACAAUGGUGAACUGUUCCCAGCAAUGUGAAGCUCAUCAAAUAUAUAUUCCUUCCUCCAGUCACCAUACUUGUUGUGGCACCUGUCAAAACGUGUCCUGUUCUUUUCAUACUGAUAAUGGAACUCUAACUGUAUAUGAG